AUGGCUGCCAAGAAUAUGUUUGACUACAACCGUGAGAACUUCCAGUUUGACCAAGAGCAACGCCUAAGCAGAGAACUCUUGCGGCAGAUCCUGCAGCUGAAGCGCUUCAGCUUGUUCCGAGAGGACAUCAGAGAUUUGGUUGAGCUGACCGUUGGAAAGAUGGAAAUGUAUCACUUGGUCGCUGCUUUGUUCAUGGAAUCUUCGAUGGCAUUGUACUUCGAAGGGCGCAUUCACCAUGUGGCGCCACCCUUUAUUCUGUCCCUCCUGUACAUCUCCAUUGCCAGUGCCUUUAUGUACCUGCUGAUGGCUGUGUGGCUUAGUAUGCACGCCUCAAUCUGCUCUCAUAGCUUUGGAGUGCGUUUGCUCACAAGAUUUGUGCGCCUCCCUGUGCCGGGUAUGACCCAGAUGGGCGUGCUCAAUGCUCGGCUGGCUGACUUUGAGCGGCAAGGUGUGCAAGGCAUGCUCCGUGUGCCGGUGAUUGGUGGCAAGCAAGACUGGAUGCAGCGACAGCCGCUGCAAGCGGUGCAAGAGGAUCAGGAGAAUCCAGAUCUCCUGGGUGAAGGAAUCAAAGCUUGGAACAAGGAAGACAAUAUCCUGGGAUCAGCGCAGGGUACAUUGAACAAGCAUGUGGACCUCUUCCGCCGGUUGCAGUGCAAAUGGCAGUGCUUCGAUGCAUAUGCACGUGUUUGCAUGGCUUUGGGCGCCAAUCAGCUUAUCCUUGGACUUCAGUACUAUUUGGUGAUCACCACCAUCAUUCAGUACAGGUGUCCCACCGUUUGCUUCACGCUACUGACUGGCUUCUGCAGUGGUGGAUUGGCACUGGCCUAUUUGGACUUGGCUGGCUUGGGUGGGAGGAAGAUUGUCUUGCUUCAGCUUAUGGGAGCGAUACCUGUAUGGAUCGCAGCCAUUAGCAUUGUGAGCCCUGUUGCCUUCUUCUUGAAUGUUCUCUGGUUUGAAGGGCUCUUAUGGGUGGCAUGGCCCAGUGCAGACGAGGCGACCUUGCCAAGACUUUUCCGCUCAGUGAUCUUCCUGGAUGUUUUUGAGGACGUGGGGGUGGACCAAGAAGGCGAGGUGGAUUCCAGACUCCUUCGUCGCCAGACCACCACAGUGAGCCUGAGACCAUCGGAGCCGCUGGAGAAGGAAGAUGUGCUGAGCGCAGACAAGGCGCUCUUCUUGGCUCAUGUGGCCUUGCGAAGAUGGGAGGCCUUGCCCGAGAUCGAUGGCUCCAGCGCUCAGACGAAGGAGGAGAUCGCGCGGCUUAGGCACAAGUAUGUCCUCACGCGUGGGUCCUUCUUGGGACAGAUCUCUACGCGCUUCAAGGCUGGUGCUGUCUUGCAAGAUGACCAGCGAUCAUGGGAGGAGCUGGAUAAUGAUGAGAAGGAGGAGGAUCCAUUUUCGGGAUCGCUGCUCGGACCGUUCACUUCUGGCAACGGCACAGCCUACUUCAACCUGGAGGAGGGAGUGAUUGAGACGGGCUCACAUUCCAACAUUGAGAUCCUGACCUUGGGGGAAGUGGAGAAUUUGGUGGAAUCUGCCGAGUCGAAGGUCCGAAAGCUCUUAGGAAGAGGCGCAAGCCGAUCACACAGCAGCAUGCAAAGCUCCAGCGAAGAAGACUCUGACACUAGUGAAGAUGGUCCUCAACGAGGGAGAAGUUCCAUCGCUGGAAACGGUGGCCAGUGGCUUCCGGCCAGCGACGGUGCACACUUGCAGAGAUUGCCAUGGAAGGUGUUGUACUACAACACUCGCAGCCUGCAGGUGGCUUGGUUUAUGAUGUUUGUCAUCAGCUUCUUGGAGGAGUUGGGCAUGUUCCAGAUCAAUGUCCAGACGAUGGAGAUGAAGCAGCAUGGAUGCACAGAGGGACAUCUUAUUACGAGGAGAGUGUCCAGGAGUCCAAGAUUGAGACCUGUGAUAGACUUUGGCUGA